AUGGGUUUUACCAAACUCUUCCUCUUCUUCUUCUUCCUGGUAUCAAACCCAUCUCAAUCUUAUGCUGCUGAGAAUGUGAGCGUGACUCUCUACUACGAGACUCUGUGUCCUUAUUGUGCCGAUUUCAUAGUGAACCAUUUGGCCAAGAUCUUCCAGAAUGUGCUCAUCUCCAUCGUCAAUCUCAGAAUGGUCCCUUGGGGCAACGCUUGGCUCAAUUCUGAUUUCUGCUUCGCCUGCCAGAAUGGAACAGAUGAAUGCUUGCUCAACACAAUUGAGGCCUGCACCAUCACCAUCUAUCCUGAUGUGAAUCAGCAUUUUACAUUCAUCCACUGCGUUGAGAGGCUCACGUUGCAGAACAAACACAGUAAAUGGGCCGAUUGCUUCAAAAUGUCGAAGUUGGGGACUGUACCUAUUGAUUGCUACAACAGUGGAUAUGGCAAUCAGAUUGAAACAAAAUAUGCAAAGGAAACUGCUCAGCUUAAUCCACCACAUAGAUUUGUGCCAUGGCUGGUUGUCAAUAAUAAACCACUUGCAGAGGACUACAAAAAUUUUAUGGCCUAUAUCUGUAAGGCAUACAAAGGAAAAUCUCCAGAAGCUUGCAGAUCAAUUCGCUACAAGACUGAAUCAAUUGGAAAUGAAAAAUCAAUUUCUCAAGUUUGCCUAGCAGAACAAGGAAGAAACUCUACAUAUUAAGCCCGAGGAGCAGACUAUCUGGCAAAAAGUUUACAUUGACAUUCCAUAUGAUAAUUGAACCUAAUGUUGA